CUUGAAAGGGCUGUCCUGGAAGUCACCCACUCAUUCUUCUCAUCCUAGGGCAAUAUUAAGGGUUACCACAAUAUGGGCCAAAGAAAUAAAACACUCACGUCCGUCUUGAGCCCAAUGUGGGCUGAGAUUUCCUUUCCCUUCAUACUAGCCCUGCCUGGUCCAUCUGUCCAAUGGCCGCGGGUCUCUCCUGCCCAGCCCUUAUCAUGGUCUCGUCUCAUGGAAGUUGCACACUGAUAGGGCUUUAGGCCUCCCCAACUCAGUCGCUCCACUCUGCGGCUCCACAGGCUGCAGGGACUUCCAGGGACCUCAGCUGCCUUUUCCAGGGGGCAGAAGGCGAUGCCCUUUGGUGCUUGGACUCAUCGGAGAAAAACCUGACUCAGUUUUCUGGUUGGGAAAGGUUCCGCUUGGGGUGGUAUCCUGGGCCACACUCCUCGACUUCUUUCAUCCGAGACACCAAAGCUGACACCCCUGCUUCUGCAGUGCCUGCUCCACCGCUUAACGUCAGAGACGCCUUUUGGGCCGUUUUGGAGGUUUGCAUCUUAAAGAGCUGGCCCCCAAGUACCCCCCGACUUGGACUUUUCCUGCCCUAAACUCCUCUGGAGAACACACCUACUCAGCAAGCUUUCACCAGCCUGAAAAGGGAAGGAUGUGAGCAGAGCGCCUCCCAAGUGGCCCUGAAUCCCAGAACCGAGACCUCCCCCCUCCCCCAAUAGCGGGCGUAAAGCCGAUGUGUGGAGAAGUGAGAAGCUGGGGACGCACCGCGCACCAGUGCCGCCCCAGGCUCCGGAGCUCGGAAAAGGCGCUCGUGUUUGAGCUACCUGGGAAAGUAAACAGGUUCGCGAGUGGAGCCCAGCCUUAUAUGGACUGAUCGCUCGGGCAAUGGCCCAUUUUUUCCUCGCCACCAGCCGCCACCGCGCGCCGAGCGGCUGCCGGAGCCCGAGCUGACGCCGCCUUGGCACCCCUCCUGGAGUUACAAACUAGGGCCCGGUGCACGGGUUGCUCAGCUCCCUGCAUCCGUUUCUUCGUGCUUUCGGAGAACACAGGCGGUGGGCUCCCCGCCCCCCUUCCCUUUCCCCAUAGUUUAUUUCUCUUUUUAAAAAAUACUUAUUUCAAUAAUUAAAGCUCACCCCUCCUCCCCUCCCCAACCCCAUCCCCCAUUACCCCCUCCUUGCCCCAACUGGGGAGCGCCACGAUUUGACCAAGUGAAGCUACAACUUUGCGGCAUAAAUUCCCGGGUCCCGAGCCAUGUCGCUGACCAACACAAAGACGGGGUUUUCGGUCAAGGACAUCUUGGACCUGCCGGACACCAACGAUGAGGAGGGCUCGGUGGCCGAAGGGCCAGAGGAGGAGAGCGAAGGGCCGGAGCCCGCCAAGAGAGCCGGGCCGCUAGGACAGGGAGCCCUGGACACUGUGCAGAGCCUGCCCCUGAAGAACCCCUUCUACGACAGCAGCGACAACCCAUAUACACGCUGGCUGGCCAGCACCGAAGGCCUCCAGUACUCCCUGCACGGGCUGGCGGCCGGCGCGGCGCCCCAGGACUCGAGCUCCAAGUCUCCCGAGCCUUCGGCCGAUGAAUCACCGGACAAUGACAAGGAGACCCCGGGCAGCGGGGAGGACGCGGGCAAGAAGCGGAAGCGGCGGGUGCUCUUCUCUAAAGCUCAGACCUAUGAGCUGGAGCGGCGCUUCCGGCAGCAGCGGUACCUGUCGGCUCCGGAGCGUGAGCACCUGGCCAGCCUCAUCCGCCUCACUCCCACGCAGGUCAAGAUCUGGUUCCAGAACCACCGCUACAAGAUGAAGCGCGCCCGGGCCGAGAAAGGUAUGGAGGUGACGCCCUUGCCCUCACCGCGCCGGGUGGCCGUGCCCGUUUUGGUCAGGGACGGUAAACCGUGCCACGCGCUCAAAGCCCAGGACCUGGCAGCUGCCACCUUCCAGGCGGGCAUUCCCUUUUCGGCUUACAGCGCGCAGUCUCUGCAGCACAUGCAGUACAACGCCCAGUACAGCUCGGCCGGCACCCCCCAGUACCCAACAGCUCACCCCCUGGUCCCAGCCCAGCAGUGGACUUGGUGAGCGCCGCCCCUCCGAGACCCGCGGCCCCAGACCCAGGCCCCAUCCAGGCGUCGGCAAGGAGGACUUGGUCCUUACGGUGGUUAUUAUUAUUAUUAU